AGUCGGUGACCGGUCGGGCUGACGGUAGCUCGUGCGCAAGCGUCUCGCGCGUUGUGUGAUGCGAUCCGAUUGGACCUUUGCUCUAAGGAUUGGACCACUUAAUUUUCAUUGAGGGCUAGACCUCGCGUCCUGUAGAGGAUCACAUGACAUGGAGACCAGAACCGUGCAGUUGUUUAUGGUAGUAUUGUGUCUCUGUCGCACCGAGUCUUCGCCAUUCCCGAAGGGGCAACGAGCUUUUACUCUUGAAGAGGUGGUUCCAUUAAAAGACUUCUACCCGGAGAUCAUUACCGUGCAAUGGAUGUCAGACACAGAAUUUAUCCGCAGAGAGCCAGGUGCAGGACUAGUAAAAUAUAAUACUGUGAUGCCUUCUGUCACUACGCUGCUGGACGAGAUGGACCUGUAUCUUAACCAAGAAAAAAUGCUGUACACCUUUUCUCAAGAUGGAAACUAUUUGUUGCUGAUCGCUAACAAGAAGAAGGUUUACCGGUAUUCGUUUAUUGCCAACUAUUUCCUAAUGAACCUUAAAGACAAGUCUAUCCAAAAAAUUGCCAACGGAUUGCCCCUUCAAGUAGUCGUGUGGAGUGGAUCUAACGCUUUAGCAUAUGUUAAAGAUAAUAACGUGUUCUAUAUUCCUGACCUGAAACAAGCAGAUGCUUCUAUUCAGCUAACCACUAAAGGGGUCCCUGGCGAGGUCUACUUUGGAGUCACUGAUUGGAUUUAUGAAGAGGAAGUGUUCAAUGCAGCAGAGGCCUUGUGGUUCUCAUCAAAAGGUACUUAUCUCGCUGUAGCAUCGUUCAAUGAUACUUCUGUGGAAUCAGCGGUCUACCCUUACUAUGGAAAUAUCUCUGACCAAUACCCUGAAAUGGUUGAGUUCAAAUACCCAAAGGCAGGUCGCACCAAUCCUCGAGUAGGACUACAUGUCUACAAACUCGAUCACCUUCAUAGUGAACCAUGGAAUAUCCCAGCCCCAGUAGACGUCGUGGGUCUAGAUCACAUUCUAGGACGAGUCACUUGGGCAUCGGAUCAAAACCUUGUUGUAUUAUGGUUAAAUAGACGACAAAGCAUCAGUAUUCUAGUAAAUUGUGAUCUGAAGCAAGACAAAUGCAGUAUGAUAAAAGAGCAGAGGGAACCCAAUGGCUGGAUUGACAUUAACAAGCCAUUUUUUGACAAAACAGGAACGAAAAUGAUAGAAAUUCAACCAUUGUAUCAUGGAGAUCAAAGGUUCUUACAUGCUGCUCGAUUAGAUUUCCUUUCUUUGACCACUGAAGAUUUAAGUCCUGGUAAUUCAACGGUUACGGAAAUUUUAGGAUGGGAUGAAGAUCGCGAUAUAGUUUAUUACAUAGUUUCUCCUUGUAAUUUGCCUUGGCAAAGGCAAUUAUGGGCUUCCUCAGAAGGUAUCGUGCGAUGUGUAACUUGUAAGGAGUCAUCGUGUCAUUAUGUUACAGCUAUUAUUUCCCCUAAAGCUAGCUAUGGCUUAGUAACUUGCACUGCAGCCAAUAGUGUUCCAAUAGUAUACUACUAUAAUUUUAAGAAUGGAAAAGCGGAUAUAAUAAAGAACAAUGCAAAUUUGGCAGAAAAAUUAAGCCAUUACAAGAUUCCCUUGACACUUUUCAACGUCAUAACAUUAGAAGAUGAUGUGAUGGCACAUGUUAAGCUGUCACUACCAGCAGAUAUUCAACAAGACAAAAAAUAUCCUAUGGUGUUGAGAGUGUAUGCUGGUCCUGGGACUGCACGAGUGAAGGAUAGUUUUGACUUAGAAUUUUACGGCCUAUAUUUAUCAUCCAAUCGAAGUUUCAUAGUAGCAGCAAUAGAUGUAAGAGGAUCUGGAGUUAUGGGUGUAGAGGCGAUGCACGCGGUAAACAGAGCCCUUGGAACAGUUGAAGUCACUGAUACUUUAGCAGCUGUUAGAAAACUGUUAUCUCUAUAUUCGUUCAUCGAUCCCAAGCGCGUUGGUGUAUGGGGCUGGAGUUAUGGUGGUUAUACGAGUACAAUGAUGCUCAUUAAAGAUGAUAAGAAAAUGCUUGCAUGUGCCGCUGCAGUUGCUCCGGUUACAUCUUGGCUUUAUUAUGAUUCUAUAUAUACAGAGCGGUACAUGGACACACCGCAGGAGAAUCCUGUAGGCUACAAUCGGUCGGACGUGAUUACUGCAGCGGAGAAGUUGCGCGGGCGCAAGUUCCUACUCAUUCACGGAACUGGCGAUGACAAUGUGCACUAUCAGCACAGCAUGCAGUUAUCUAAAGAGCUGCAACAUGCUGACAUCCCGUUUGAGCAAAUGAGUUACACUGACGAAAACCACUCUUUGAUGGGAGUGAGUCGACACUUCUAUCAUAUGCUGGAUCACUUCUGGACACAAUGUUUCGAUUCAUAACAUAGAAUUUAAAGUGUCAAAAUGAUAGAAUAAAACAGAAUAUUUUUUAGCCCACGCAUUAUAGAAACAGUUAUAAAAAAGUUGAAUAUUGUUCAAAAGUCAUUUAUAUACUAUUUUAUUAAUAAUGAAAUGUCAAAGUUAGUUAAUUUAUAUUUUAACGUUCGUCAAUGCUGAUGUCAGGGUUUGUUUUUUGACUUAACUCGAUGAAAAGUAUUUUUUUAGAUAUGAAUUAAAGAUCUAUAUAGGUACAUACUUUAUAUUCGCAAAAAAAAAAACCAUAAGCGAUUUCUAUUUCUGUUUUAAUUAACUAAAAAUGAUCUCUCUGUGAAAAGUGGUAGUAAAGAAGAAUUAUCAAGUAUCAAUAUCUUGCUGAUUAAUUAUGUAAAAACUAUUAAUUUAAUUAUACCAUUUUUU